GAAUCAUGGCUUCCUCUCUCGCAAGGGCUCUCUGGGAAAUGUAGUCCGGUAGCUGCGUCUGUUCCUGCCCGGCCCUGGGAAGAGAGAGAGAGCGGUGUGAGCGGGGAUCGUUUGAAAUAGAUGUAAGAGAACUUUUUACAAGAUGACUGCCAUCAAGCAUGCCCUGCAGAGGGACAUAUUCACUCCAAACGAUGAGCGCCUCCUCAGUAUUGUGAAUGUAUGCAAAGCUGGAAAAAAGAAGAAAAACUGCUUUUUAUGUGCCACAGUAACAACGGAGCAUCCAGUUCAGGUUCGAGUGGUGAAAGUAAAGAAAUCUGACAAAGGGGAUUUCUAUAAGACCCAGACCACGUGGCUACUGCAAGACCUGACAAUGGUGGAUGCAAAAGAUGACCUCAAGGAAAACCCUGACUUUGAUCUGCAUUUUGAUAAAGUCUACAAGUGGGUCGCCAGCAGCCCAGCUGAAAAAAAUGCUUUCAUUUCCUGUAUCUUGAAACUGAACCAAAGGUACCUCAGAAAAAAAAUUGACCUUGCCAACGUCAGCCUACAGAUUUUGGAAGAGUCUGUUCCUAGUGGAGAGAACCAGAGUGUGGCUGGGGGAGAGGAAGAAGCAGCUGCCGAAUACCAAGAGCUGAACACCAGGGAGAAACAGGAUAUCGAGUUCAUGAUGGUGGGCUGUGAAUAUGCCAUUUCCAAUGCUGAGGCCUUCGCUGAGAAACUUUCCAGGGAGCUGCAGGUCCUGGAUGGGGCAAAUAUCCAGUCCAUCAUGGCUUCAGAAAAACAGGUUAACAUCCUUAUGCAGUUGCUGGAUGAGGCCCUAAAAGAGGUGGACCAGAUAGAAGGGAAGCUGAGCAGCUAUGAAGAGAUGCUGCAAAGUGUAAAAGAACAAAUGGAUCAGAUUUCUGAGAGUAACCACCUCAUUGAGCUCAGCAAAACCAACAGCGAGACUCUGCUGGGCGAAAUCGAGUUUCUUGUUAACCACAUGGACCUAUCGAAGGGUCAUAUUAAAGCCCUUCAGGACGCUGACCUAUCUUCCUCUCGUGGUAUUGAGGCUUGUACUAAUGCAGCGGAGGCACUUCUGCAGUGUAUGAAUGUAUCCCUUCGACCAGGACACUCCAUGCUUCAAGCUGUAAAACAGCAACAGCAGCUCUUCACUGACCUCCGAGAGCAGUUUGCCCGCCGACUAGCCAGCCACCUAAACAAUGUAUUUGUCCAACAGUUUACUCAGAUGUUCCCCCACUUAUAUAGCAGGUCCUACUAUCUCUCUAUGGCAGGUCACGAUCAGACUUCCACACUUUCAGUUGAAAUUACCCUACCAAACCAUCAUCCUUUCCACCGAGAUCUUCUACGAUAUGCCAAACUGAUGGAGUGGCUGAAAAACACAGAAUAUGCCAGAUAUGAAGGACUUAUGAAGAACUACAUUGAUUACAUUGUGCGGUUAUAUGACCGAGAGAUCAGGGAUUUCUUUGAGGUGGCUAAGAACAAGAUGACCGGUGCCACCAAAGAAGGAAAAAAGUUUGAUAAUGUUGGUUCAACAAGAAUAAUCAAUAAAAACGCUACGCUGCCUCGAAAAGAGAGUGCCUUGAAACAGGAGACUGAAAGUCUUCAUGGGAGCUCUGGAAAACUGACUGGCUCCACAUCAAGUCUGAAUAAGCUGUCGGUCCAGAGCUCAGGAAGCCGCAGGUCUCAAUCAUCCUCAUUGCUGGAUAUGGGCAACAUGUCUGCCUCUGAUUUGGAUGUCGCUGAUCGCACCAAGUUUGACAAGAUAUUUGAACAGGUCUUAAGUGAACUGGAGCCGCUUUGUCUGGCAGAACAAGAUUUCAUUAGUAAAUUCUUUAAUCUAUCUCAGCAUCAGAGCAUGUCUCGGACAUCCAUGGGUGAAGGUGAUGAAGGUGAUGGUGGGGUUUCAUCUCGACAUCAAACUACUGCUGUGCUGUCUUCGGAGAAGGAAAUGGUCCGACAGAUGAUGACUCACAUAUUCCGCUGUAUUGAACCAGAACUGAACAACCUCAUUGCUCUGGGCGACAAGAUUGACAGCUUUAACUCUUUGUAUAUGCUUGUGAAGAUGAGCUACCAUGUGUGGACAGCAGAGAAUGUCGAUUCCGCCUCCUUCCUCAGCACCACACUUGGCAAUGUCCUGGUCACUGUGAAAAGGAACUUUGAUAAAUGCAUUAGUAACCAAAUCAAGCAGAUGGAGGAUGUAAAAAUCUCAAAGAAGAGUAAGGUUGGCAUUCUUCCAUUUGUAUCUGGGUUUGAAGAGUUUGCUGAAUUGGCAGAGUCAAUCUUUCGAGGAUCUGAGAGACGUGGAGAUUUAGACAAGGCUUAUACAAAGUUGAUUAAAGCAGUUUUUAUAAAUGUUGAAAAAGUUGCAAAUGAAAGCCAGAAGACACCCCGCGAUGUAGUCAUGAUGGAAAACUUUCAUCACAUCCUUGCGACUCUCUCCCGCUUGAAGAUCUCUUGCCUGGAAACAGAGAAGAGGGAUGCCAAGCAGAAAUAUAAUGACCAUCUGCAGUCAUAUGUCAUAUAUUCUUUAGGGCAUCCUCUGGAAAAACUAAAUAUAUUCUUUGAAGGGGUAAAAGCUCGCGUGGCACAAGGAAUUGGCUAUGACGAAGUAAGCUACCAGCUGGCUUUUAGCAAGCAAGAACUGCGUAAAGUCAUAAAGGAUUAUCCUGGUAAGGAGGUGAAGAAAGGACUGGACAAUCUCUACAAGAAGAUGGACAAGCAUUUGUGUGAGGAAGAGAACUUGUUACAGGUGGUCUGGCACACAAUGCAGGAUGAGUUCAUCCGUCAGUACAAGCACUUUGAAGGUUUGAUUGAGAAAUGUUACACUGGAGUUGGUAUUACCAUGGAAUUCACCAUCCAGGACAUCUUGGAAUAUUUCUCCAGUAUCGCACAAUCUCAUUAGCAAGUCUACAUGUAAUAAAGAUCAGGGAACUAGCACUUUAGGUGUCAUUUAUAUACAAGGAUAUGAGUGGUGGAAUUGUCUUUGGACUGGUCAAGGAAGAAUCUUGACCAUCAUGAGUGUAGUAUGAACUAAGUACAUUUAAGCCAACCGCCAUUAUUUAAUGCUAAACACUGUAAUGUAGGUGGGGUCCAGGUAAUUGUUUAGAGAACUGUAAUAUUGCAAUUGUCAGACAGACAAAUGACACUGGGCUUAGUAGACAAAUGGCAGCGCUGUUCAGUGUAUCAUAAGUCUUUCAUGAAUCAUGAAAUAUAUACGCUAAGUAAACAUGUCAACUUGAAAAAACAUUACUGCAAUAUUCGCAUCUAAAAUAAAGUGGCAAUAUCAGUGAUCCAUACAUUCUGUUAACCGAACAAGUAUUGUACACACAUUUUUAUCAUUUCCAUGCUUUGAUAAAGUCUUUGGAAGAGCUGAA